AUGCCUCAAUCACCAGCUAGAACGAAGAGUUGGUGGAAUCCGAAGGGCUACUUCACGGAGCACGAACAGAAGAUCAUUGUCAACUCGGUUAUUCGCGAUGACCCUCAAAAGGGAGGUAUGUACAACCGACAAGGUCUAUCCGUCCGCCAAAUCUGGGAAUGCACCAAGGAUUACGAUAUGUGGCCACUCUACGCUCUCGGCCUUCUCUUCGGCCUACCAAAGUACCCCGUCAACCAAUACCUCACGUUAUCAUUCCGUGGACUGGGCUUCAACGUCAUCGAGACCAACCUUCUGUCCAUACCAUAUAUCGUCGGCUCUUGCAUCACGAUGCUUGCCAUCACAGCGUUCAGUGAACUCGUCAACAACCGGAGCUUUGUCUCGAUGGCGGAGGAUGCUUGGUGGAGGAACAACCAGAAGGCUAAGAAAUGGGACGCCAUGACCCCAGAGGAGCAACAUCAUUACAGGACUACAACGACCGAUAAGGGCAACAAGCGGUGA